UUCCUAUACGCUCGUCAAAGGCAAACGAAGAUCAUACAAAGAAGACACUGCAGCCAAAUUCAAACAAACAUUGCGCCAGUGCAAGAUUCAUUCAUCCACAAAUACAUGAAAUAAUGGAGUUUCACAAUACUUCGAUAGUGCAUCGCUCGGACCAUGUAAAGUUGCUUUCUGAAAUAGACAGACGGCGGAUGACUUUCCACUGUGAAAAGUGCAACACGGUUUUAGGAGAUGGACUGAGCGUCUGCGGAGAAGUCAAGACCAUGGGCUGCAUCCUGUUUUUGAAAGUAACCAAAGAUAUUGUCAUUAGUGAUGAGAAGGAGACAGAACACAAAGGAGACUUGGCUCAUUGUAUAUACAGUUUUCUUUCUUGCCGUUGUUGUCGUUCUUUCGUUGGGAGAAUCAUUCACUCGGCUUCAGCUCGACUCUCAAACUGCCGCUCCAUGUUCUUGCUCCAUAAACCAAACAUCAGCUGUUACCUUCUCAACAGCAGCUCAAUGGUGAAAGCGACUUCAGUAUCUUUUGAAGUGAAGCCUCUCAGAGAAAGCAUGAAAGAGAUGAGGCACAAGUUUGAAGCAAUGUACAAACAAAUGUCCCACUUCAAAGAGGAACUUCCUGACAGCACAAUUUCUAGCUUCUGAGACAAAAACUGCACAAGACACUGAUUAGAUCACUAUGAACUGAGUAUGUUUGUACUAUAAACUCAAGCAAAUGUUUUCCCUUGUGUUUGUGCAACUAUUUUCUGAAAUUGUAGUCCAACCCUUUUCAACAAACUGUUGGUUGAAUUAACUUGCAUAGUUAAACUGGCUCACACCAGAUUGGUAUGUGUCUGUAGGUAUAUCAAGAUAAUUCAGUUAAUAAGUAACUGACAACCUGUAUUAUCCCAAUAUAAUCAUGAGAACUAAAACAAAAAUGGCUAUGUGAUUGUAAUAGUAGCCUCAAAAAUAUCCUUUUUUCUCUAUAUAAAUAAAUGUAUAAAUGUCAUUUAAAAAUCCCAACAUGAGAAUCUAAAACAGUAAGUCAUGGUACAGGCUCAUAUUGGCACCAUGCUGCAUUUUAUUGCUGUUUUUUUUUUUCCUUAUUUAAUACAAAUCCAGACGAAGAGGCUCACAGAUAGAAGCAUGCCCACGUCCUCUCUCUGGAGUGCAUAGUUUCUACACAAUCCACCGCAAACAGUGGAAACGUGAUCACCAAAGUCAAUAAUCACUUUGUAACAUUUACCAUUAUUAAUCUUUAGGAACAAAGGUUGACAGAACAGGUGUGACAGAACAAAUACAAAGAAACCUACUCCUUUAUGGUCUUAUUGAUGAUUAUAUACUUUCUACGAUUAAAACCAGCCAAAAAUAA